AUGUUGAUAUCACGUAUCUUUACAUCUAUUGUUUGGAAAUCUCAAAAUCGUUUUGUAUACAAUAAUUCUCGACAUUUUCUAUCAAAUCUAUCAUCAGAAAAGAAAAUUGAUCAAGAAAAUCCUAUUAUAAAUGAAACGAAUUCUACAUCUACAAAAAAAUCGAUAGUUGAAGAUAAUGAAUGGUUAUGGGCAUAUUUACGUGAUCGAAGAAGUUUUGCUGAACUUACGAGUGAACAAAAACGACGUGUUAUUGAAAUUGAACUUCAGACAUUAAGAGAAAGUGGUGAACGUGUACCAGAGGUUAUACCUGAUGAACGAUGGACUGAAUUACUUAAUUUACCUUUAGCUGAAUCUCGAAAAACUCUAUAUGGUUAUCUUUUUCUUCGUGAAGUACAUCGUAAACGUCGUGCAGCUAAUCUUGCUGAAAAUAAUCUACGUCGUAUUGAAUCAACAAAACGUCGUGAAGAACUUCUUCUUCAAGGUAAACAACCAACAAAUUAUCCUGGAUAUUCAUCCAUAUUUCGUCAUUUUGGUCGACAACAUGAAAAAUCUUUACGUGAACAACUAUUACUUGCAUCUGCACGUCUUAAUGAAAGAAUUGUUAUUGAUUGUGGUUUUGAAAAUGAACAUGCACGUGAACAUUAUUUAUUAAAUUUAGUUGAUCAAAUACAAUAUUUAUUUGCUGAAAUAAAUCGUUAUCAUUCACCAUCAUUUGUUCAUUUAUGUAAUCUAUCAAAUCAUGGACGAUUAAAAGCUGAAUUUGAUCGACGAGCACCAUUAGAUAGUUUAUGUCUUGAGUCAUCUCAAUCAAGUUAUUUAGAUAUAUUUCCACAGGAAAAACUUAUUUAUUUAUCACCGGAUUCAAAUAAUGAAAUGACAACAUUUGAUCAUGAUGCUGUGUACAUUAUUGGUGGAAUUAUUGAUGUUUCUGGUAAAAAACCAUUGACAUUUGGUAAAGCAAAACGUGAAAAUAUUCGACAUCAAAGAUUUCCGAUUGAUCGAUAUGUGAAAUUUGGUGGCGGUAGUGGUAAAACAUUAACAAUUGAUCAAGUAUAUAAUAUUCUAAUGACAUUAAAACAUACCGGAUCCUGGAUUGAAGCAUUUAAAUUUAUUCCGGAUCGAAAAAUCGUCGAACGAUAUUCAGAUAAAAUGCAAGAUAAAGAACAUGAAUAUGAAAAAUUUGGUCGAUGGACAGGUUUAAAUACAAAACAUUAG